UGAUUAUUCAGCAAAAAAAUGAUUUAGGGUUAUUGUAGCUAUCAUCAUUAUGGAAUCACCAUCAUAUGUAAAGUUAGAUCAAGUGGAAAAUUUGUGAAUCUCAACAGUUUGAUUACAAGUAUUUAAUAAAUUGCUGCUUUGAGAGGCAGUGUACAUGUUAAAAAGGAUGGAGGAAACAGAACUUUCAGAAAGCCAUUUCAACCAGUUGUUGGUGGAUUUUUCAAGAUGGUAUGAUGGACUUGGACAUAUCAAUAUGCUGAAGGUUUUGUACAACAACAGAGAUCAUGUUCCAAUUUAUAAUAAGUUAAGUGAGGCUACUAAGGUGAUGCCCUUGCUAAGUAUGUUAAUUGGUUCUGGGAAUUUGAGUCAAACAAAUCUCACUAUCCUGUAUGACACAAUAAAAGCUACUGGACAAUUUGGCUUCAACUCCAAAACUGUACCUUUACAAAGAAUCAGGGAACAUAAAGUGUCUAUAUUUACAUGGUACAGACAAUUUCUGUUAAAGUUAGGAAUGCACCUGACUAAAGAGGAUAUAGCAGAAAUUGAUGGACGAUAUAACAUGCCGGUGUUAAAGAAUUAUGAUGAUAGCUGGCAAUUGAUUCUGGAUCUAGAGCAAAGGAAGGAGCUUUGUGAAGAAAAGAUUUACAAUUUCAUUGAAGGAUUACCAAGUUACUUGGCUUUGAAAUCUUUACUUGAAGAUUACAGUGAAGCAUCAACAUCAAAACGACCAAUGUUAAAUGAAGGAAAUGAAGAACCAUCAACACCAAAACGACCAAAGUUAAAUGAAGAGGAAAAGAGACAAGAACAGCUCAAACAAAAAGUUCAAGAUGAAGGACCUCCUUUGUUGAAGAAUUUAGAAGAUGAGUUAAGGAGUCAGUAUAAAGAUCACAGUUUUAUGCAGGUUACUCCAGACGAAUGGUCACCUCAUUUUAGGAUUGUACGCAAUCUGGUCAUAGAUCUGAUAAUGUUCCAAUACCCACAGUCAGGCAAUGAAAAUGAAGCAAAGGAGAUUUCAAUCGAUGACAUUGCAACACACUAUAAUAAAAGAAAAAGUAAUGAUCCAAAAAGGAUUUUGAUUCAGGGUGAACUUGGGAAUGGGAAGACAACUCUCAUGAAAAAACUUGCACGUUCUUGGGCUGAUGAUCCAAGCAAGGGUGUCUUUGGAAAAAAAAUUGUUUUUUUUAUGGAGCUUAAGAACGUGCAAGAGAAAUGUUUCCUUGAAAAUGCUAUCAAAAAUUGUUUACCUGACUUUCUUGUACGAUAUGACACAAAGUUGGAGGUAUUACAGCCCUUGAUAAUAAAGAAUGAUAAGAAUUUUGUGUUUUUAUGUGAUGGAUACGAUGAGCUAUUACCUGAUAUGAGAUCUGAGCUUGAAAAAGUGUUUAGAAAAAAACAUUUAAAGAACUGUGUAUUAGUUGUAACCACAAGGCCUGAUAAUAUGGACAAAUUGGUUAAAGUGUGUGAUUCACACAUAAAAAUUACAGGAUUCAAACCUGAACAUCAAGAUGAAUUUAUAAACAAAUUCUUUGAGAACUCUGACCAAGGACAAAAUCUGAUAAAAUUGAGGAAAGACCAACAGUACAGCCAUAUUUUUGAGAUGGGCAAAACACCAUUGUUUCUCUUAUAUCUUUGUACAUUGUGGGAGGACAGAGGGCAGGUACCUCCCACAGUAAUAGAACUUUAUCGAGAGUUGCUGGUCUGCAAAGUAAAUCAUUUACUUGGAAAACAAGAAAAAGAUGAAAAAAAAAUUGAAACAUUUUCUGACAUUAAUGAGGAACAUCUUAAUGUAAUGCUGGAUAUUGGAAAAAUUACUUUAGAUGGCUUGCUUAAGAACAGAUUAAACUUCAAACUAAAGGAGUCAGCUGAUGAAAAACUAAAAGUAGCUGCAAUUAAACUAGGUUUGAUUGUUGAAGAAAGAAGUGUCUUUAAAAUCUAUCGCAAUAAAUGCUACACUACAACUCACAAAUCUGAAUCUGAGUUUUUAGCAAGUCUGUAUGUCGCAGAAACUAUGAAGAAAGGGUCUAAAAGUGACAUAGGUGAGACAGUGAAGGGAAUGCUGAGUACUUCAGAAUUAUCUCAAGUUUGUAAGUUCACUGUAGCUCUUCUUGGUAAUGAAGCUCAUUUGUUUAUGGACUACUUUCCUCUAAAACACUUCGAGAGUAGUGCUCUGGCAGAUCUACUGGAUGAAUGUCCAAAAGAUGAAGUUAACAUUGUGAAGAAUUCAAUCAAACAGCAUAUGAAUAAAGUGGAGUGUGUUACAAUUAAUUCUCAAACGGGUUUGAACAUCGUUACGGAACUGAACAACUUCAGUAAUGCAGACACAUGUAUUUUAGACACCACUUCAGCAACUAUCUGUGGAUCUAACAUACCAAAAGCUCUCUAUUCGAUGACUGCCCUUUCAACCCUGACAUGGCAUGGUGUAAAUGAUGAUACAUUGGAGACCCUCUCAUCCUUUGAAUCUCAGACAUUAUCUUCAGGUCUUGGAAGUAUCACAAAAUUGUUUCUGCUGGGAAAAAUAACCAAGGAAAAUUCUUGCAAAAACUUGGGAAGGUUUCUUUGUAAUAUGAAAGCCAUGGAGAGCCUUGAGUUGCCAGUAAUAUCCUAUGGGCCAGGUCUAUAUAUGUUUGUUUCUGCAAUGUAUGGUCAUCAUUGUUUAGAUAAUGAUCGUUGUUGUACCGAUAGAUGUCAAGAAAAUAAUUUCAAAAAACUGACCAUUCUAACAUUCGUACUAAAAAAGAUAUUCUGUAAGAAACAACGGAAUAGUGGUUAUGCUCAUUUAGUCAGCAGUAUAAUGGCAUUAUGUCCUUGUUUGGAAAAUGUUGUUAUUCACAAGACAAAUAAGGAAUUUGAAUUCCAUCUAUUUAAGAAACUUUCUCAAGCUAAAGCAUUCAGGGACAUAACGAAGCAAGACAUCGUAUCACCCAACAUAGAUCUUCAAUGCCAUGCAUCUAUAACAUAUCCAACGAAUGAUUACAAAAAUUGUGUUUCAAUUUUGUUUACAAAAUACAAUGCAAAAACAAGAAUGAGUGCUAAAUCUAGAUCUAAGAUUUUAACACUCCAUCUAGCAGCUCAUCAGGUUAAUUGUAAGCAAUACUUUAAGAAUUGUCGAUUAAUGUCAAUGCCAGUCCAACUUCUUUCAGAAUAUAUAGAUACUAAUGUAUCAGAAAGUUUGCACCUUACUUGGUAUCAAGAUUUUCUUCCAGAAAAGAAGAGAAACUUUGAAGAAAUUAAGUUCAUUACACAGUUGAUGGCAAACAAAACACUUAAAUACCUUUCGUUACCUUGUGAAGCUUUGUCUAUAGAACAGUUUUCACCAGAUAAGCACUGGAUGGUAGAACACAUUGAGUUUACCUCUAAUGAUAUAAAUCCUAAUCAGGACAGAUGUAAGGAGUAUAUGACACAGAUAACUGGCUACCUUUUGCAUAUCCACUCCAAAACUCUAACACUACCUCCUUUUUGUAAUGCUUUUUUUUGUCUUGUAGACUUAUUAAAAACUGAGUUCGCCCCAAUAUUCCUUAAUCAAUUAUUCAUUUCUGGUUCCAAAACAUCAUGUGAUGUUCUUAAUUUUAAUAACCUUGUUGGAUUAAUGGGUCAGUUACCAAGACCUUGGCUUCACCAAAUGGAUGCAGAUGGAGAAGGCAACAUCUCAUUUUCAUUACGAACCGAACAUGAAUAUGAAGAUGAUGAAUGUAAAUAUACUGUCACCAGAGUCAAAGAUGGUUUACAGAGAAAGAUCAAUUUUACUAUAAUAUCAUUCUGUUUUGGUCUGAGGGAGCUAUCACCUUGUCAAAUUAAGCAACUUAUUACCACAUUGAGAAUUGAAAGUUUAAAGGUAGAUGUUUUCUACAUAUUUCCUGAGUUGAUGUUUGCUAAUCCGUAUACACUUCAGAUUAUUACGGGAUUAAAGGAAGUAACCAAAAUCAAAAUGCUUUCAUUUGACGAGGAACCUAAUAAUAAUAAUCUGAGUGAGCUGCAUAUGUUUAAGAAAAAUACACUAAAAGUAUUUGACUUAGCUAGAGAACAACUGAUGUUUUAUGCAAAGACUCUAUCUAGAUGCGCUCACAUAACAAAGCAAUCUUGCCCAUCCCAUGUAAAAUUAUACCAGAUUGAUUACAAGAAUGUCACAGACUUAUCAACAGUCCUUCUGAACCAACCUAACCUUUCAAUUUUGAGGAUUGUUGAUUAUUUUUAUAGUUCUGAGAAUGUAGAUAAAGCGAUAAAGUUAUGCGACCAACAAAAUACCAAUUGUAAAUCGCUCGAGACACUAACAUUUAAAAGUAAGACUUUGCUGACAGGUGAUCAGGUAGUUACUUUAUUGAAGCUUUUCCCGAAUCUUCAAAAGGUAAAUCUAUCUGGGCUGCAGAAUAUGGAAACUUUCUUUGAAGCAGUUCUCAGUCGAACUAUAUUGUCAACAGGCGUAUUAUCAGAAUUGAAUCUUGGAGAAUGUAAUUUGAAAUUCCCGAACUCUGGAACAUUGAUUGCCAAGUUUCUUCUUAGUUCUAAAAAUCUGAAGAUUUUAAAGGUCACAACUACUGACAGUAAGAUGUCUGCAUCAGUUGUCAUGGAAAUGGUUCUUUACAUUGAUUGUCAAAAUUAUAUUAUUCAUAAUCGCCAACUGCGGGUAUUGAACUUUGGAAAGUGUAGGUUCGAUGGAAUUGAUGCUGUUAAAGUUGGUAAAAUGUGUAGUAGUCUACUUUUCCAUUUUCCAAAGCUACAAAGCAUUGACAUGUCUAUGUUCAGAACUGGAAAAUCAACUUUGAUCUCUUUUUUUACAGCACUUAAUGAACACCAUAAAGACAAAAGAGUAUGCUGUGAAAUUGGUUUAAGACAUCUUGAUUUGUCUGGUCAUUAUUUAAAAUCGAGAGAGAUGACACUAUUUUUAGAAGCUCUAAAAAAACUUCCAAAUUUAUCUGAACUUCGUCUUGAAAGGUGUAGGAUUCGUGCUAAUCCUGUCAGUUUUGUCGAUAAAGUCUGUAAAUUUUCUAUGAUUGAUCUCUCCCGUUGUUAUUUUAAAAGUGAUCACAAGAAACACUUUGUUGCACAAGUUAUCCGGUUUGCAAGUACUGAUACAAAAUUAAGGAUGGUAGGAUCAAAAGAAUGUUUCCUUAACAGCCUUGCAAAAGAACUUGAAUCAACAGGUAUUAAGUCUACUCUGGGGCAUCUAGAUCUCAGUAACUCAAAUUUGUGCAAUGUGAACUUAGAUUUCCUGGUGACAUCACUGAUUCAACUUAAAACACUUGUUCUUAAGAACUGUCAUCUGGAUGCAACUGUUCUUAAAAACCAGGUUUGCAAACAUAGGUUUGCAUCACUCACCACAUUAGAUAUGUCAUCUUCAAAAUUCCAUAAGCCAGAGUCAGGGAAGCAUCUAGUGUCAGUUCUGGAGCAGUUUCCUUCAUUAUUGGAACUGAAAUUACUAAAUUGUGGUAUUACAGUUGACGUCAUGGAACAACUGUUGCAAGAACUAAAAAGACGUCAAUUAACACUGACCUUAAGAAAUUUUGACUUACUGAAUAAUCAAAUCAAAAGUUCGGAUAUUAUUGUCUUGCUGGUCGCAAGGUACUUACCUCUGGGGUGCAAAGUAAAGGUUAAUAGUAAUCCGAAACAAAGCACUGUUUUAGUUUCUCAACUAAAAAAAUAUUUUAAUUUAGAUGUUGAUGAUGGUAAUAAUGACGAUAAUGUUAAUAUGGAUUGUGAGGACCACGAUAAUGAUAAUGUAGAUAGUGAUUAUGAUGACCAUGGUGGUUAUGAUGAUUAUAAUGAUGAAUAUGAUGAUUACGUUAAUAUUGAUUAUGAUGAUGACGAAGAUAGUGAUGAUGAACUUGUUGAUCAUGAUGUCCAACAUGACAUUUAUGAUGAUGAUAGUGACUAUGACGACUAUGGUCAUGAUGAUAAUAUAAGUAUUGAUUAUGAUGCUUUAGCUGAUAUGGAUUAUGAUAAUGAAGAUGAUUAUAAUGUGAACACUGAUGACGAUGUAUAUGAUAGUGACUUAGAUGUAUAUUAACUUAUGAUGAUUGUAUUAUGAUCAAUGUUUUUUCAAAUACACUGCAUAAAUACAUAUAAAUAUUUAUGUAUAUAUUUAUGUACCGUGUAUAUAUAUAU